GUUCGGGGACACGAUUAUGUUACCAUCGCAAGCUUGUGACUGUGAGCAAAUUACCAGAGACGAGGGUUCGGGGACACGAUUACGUUACCAUCACAAGCUGGUGGCUGUGCGCAAGUCCAACCAGCGACAAGGUUUGGGGACACGAUUACGUUACCAUGGCAAGCUGGUGGCUGUGAGCACCUUGAAGCAGCGACGAGGUUCGGGGACACGAUUACGCUACCAUGGCAAGCUGGCGGCUGUGAGCAAGUUACUAGAGACGAGGCUCGGGGACACGAUUACGUUACCAUGGCAAGCUGGCGGCUGUGACUACAUGCUGCAAAUCUUCGGAAAACUACUUUUCUCAUGA